AUGAGAGUCUUCCUAACGAGAGUCUUCCUGUCCGAGAGGAUUUUAAAAUAUAAAUUUACAAAAAUAUUUAAUUUAUUAGGUAAAUAUGCCAGUGUAAUGUUUGUUGUUUUAUUGGCAAUUGACAGAUACUGUGCAAUGUGCCGUUCUAAUUGGUGUGCCCGUUAUAGAAAUUAUCGUACAGCAAUAGCUCUUUCUUUGUGUGCCUGGAUAUUUGCUGGGGCUUCAGCUUCUCCACUUUAUUUUUUUGCUGAAGUUGCUUUUUUGCGUUUGCGCUCGGUAGAAAAAGUACAUAAAUUAUGUAUAGCAAAAUGGCCAAAUUCUGAUGUUGCUAGAUGGUAUAUAACUGCAUCUUCAAUUCUCAUCUUUGCAUUACCUCUAGCUGUCAUCAUUUUUUGUUAUUAUCACAUUUUUAUUAAAUUACGUGAAGCACUUAAGUCCUGUAAACGUCUUAAGCGUGGGGCUAAUUCUAGAGCGCCAUAUCAUCGGGUAACGAGAUUAGUCUUGUGGGUUGUCAUCUUCCACGUAUUGUGUUGGUCUCCAUUUUGGCUUUUUAAUUUAUUUUCUUCAAUCUUCCGGCUCAGAAUUUCGACACAAUUUGAUCGUGUUGUUGUUAAUAUUAUUCAUUUAUUUCCAUACAUCAAUUGUGCUCUCAACCCAAUUUUAUAUGUUGCAAAUGCUGAAAAUUUUCGAAUAGCUUUUCGGUCAUUUUUCUGCCCAAAAUUUGUCAACAGAAGUCGAAGGAGGAGUGGAGGAGAAUUUUUUGAAGACAGCCGUUGUGUGGUAAUUACUGGAGGAGGUGGGGCAGUUGGAGUAGGAGGGAGAUCUAAUUCUAUGGGAGUUGGAGGGCCAGGAAGUUCUGUAACUAAUGGAAGUAAUCCUGCCGUCCUAUUGACUACCGAAGAAAAUAAUAUUUGCAAAAAUAAUGCCGCAUUUUUGAGAUUUUCUUCAAAUUCUGAACGAGCUUUAUUAACAACAUCAGGACCUGUUUACAAUUCUUUAUCUAAUGGAACAGGAAAUGGAAUUAUUAAUAAAAUUAGUGGAGGUUCAGCUCCUUCACUUUUAGACUGUCCAAAACUUCCAUUACGUGCUUAUAGUGCAAAACAUUCUGUUAUAACAAUAGAAGAAUGUUCUUCUGAUAAUGAUGGGGGACAGAUAAAUAAUAAUGAGGAAAGAGUUUCUGUUGUUACUAAACAAAUAUCUCGAAGGAGAAGAAGCUCUGCUUGUGAACAGGCUAUUUUAAGUGGUGGGGGAAUAGCUGCCGCAAGUGCUGUGCCUUUUGUUGGAAAAAUAGCAAAAGAGCAAAAAGAGGAAGAAAAUGGGUAG